AUGCCUUUCGCAAAUGUAUCAACAUUCGAAGUUAUUUCUUGUUUCGUGAUUUCCUUGCUGGCAUUUGUGACAUCCAUGACAAAUGUCUAUUUGGAAGGAGCAAAUUCAACAACUAUCGACGCAACUCUUCCUUGUGCAACUAUUGUAAUUGCAAUCUCACUUAAUUGCCUUGGAAUUAUUUUUCUCGCGAAAAAAGUGAAACGCGAGUCGCUUAUCUGGACAUGGACUGUUUUGCAUCUCAUUUUGUUGCGAUUGCCAUCAACUUUUGAAACGUUAAUGAGUCACACUGACGACCGUGCGCGUUCACAUAAUUUACUGAUGAUGCUUUCGUGGAACGUUUUGCGUUGCAAUAGUUUGGGCAUUGAUGCAAUUCAUCAAAAUUUCGAAUUAUUGCGGGCAUUUUCGUACAUUUUCUACUUGCCGACAUUGAUCAGUGGACCAAUCGUUAAUUAUGGAGAUUUUCGAAUUAUGGAAAUUCGGGCAACAAAGCGUUAUUUUUCGCUUACACUUGGCAUCGUGCGAUGUUUGUUUGUUGCUGCUCUCGUCGAAAUAUGGCAACAUUUGUUCCGUUCAUCGCAUUUCGAAGAGCAUUACAACAGAUGGACUCUUUACGGUGUUUGUUUGUCCCAAGCAGCAACAUUUUACGGCUUGCAUCGUUUCAUGUUCGGACUUUCGAUCGAAAUUGGGACUUUUCAUGGGAUACAAAUGCCGAAUGUGCCACGAUGCAUUUUCCGCAUUAGUUCGGUGCGGGAACAAGCUCGAUACUUUGACAAUGGAAUGCAUAAAUUUCUAUCCAAAUACAUUUAUCGUCGAAGUUCAAGUCAAACAUUUUUAGCAAAAUCCAAAAAUGUUGCUGUUACUUCCCUUUUUGUCAUUCUCUGGCACGGAAUCGAACGUCACGUGUUGCUAUGGGUCGUUGUCAACUACAUCUUGAUGCAUUGCGAAAAAGGAAUUGAUCACUUACUGAAGCAAAAAUUCAUCAAAAACCAAUCUGCAUCGAAUCAAGCACGACUCAAAGCAAUAAUUGGAGCAAAUUUGUGGAUUCCAUCGAUGUUGAGUAACUUCACAUUGCUCACUGGCUUCGAAAUUGGCAUAAAAUUCUUCGAAAAAACAUAUCUCAUGCCAUCCGCCUACCUCACCUUAAUGUCCUGCAUGUAUUGUCUCCAUAUUGUCGUGCAAAAAGUUUCGUGA